AUGAGGAUCAAGAGUGGCAGAGCUUUGCCAUUCUGCAAGACCUGUGUACAGGCAAAAAUAGCACAUCCAACAUUCACACUGAUGACGAGGACUGUCAAACCCGCGAUGAGAUUCUUCAUGGACCUUGUGGGUGGCGGCUGUACACUAUAUGAUGAAGCUAACCUCCCUACUCAGGGGGGAGCUGAUUAUUGGAUGGGCAUUAUGGAUGACGCCACACACUACAGGUGGAUUAUUCUUAUGAUGUCAAAGGCCCAGGAUGGGUGUAAGGGGAUUACGGGGAUGGAUGAUUUGGCCGGGCAGGCGUGGAUCGGGUGUUUUGAACUCGGCGGCGCCGUAGCAUGGGGGGGUAGGCCUCGUCACCCAAAUCGGCCCCAAGGCUUGGGCGUCAUACGCUGUGAUCAAGUGACGAUGACUUCUGUUGACGAGAUUGCCGAGGACAAGGGUGAAAGAGAAUGGAUAGCUUGGAAAGACAGAGUCCUGGAUUCCAUGGAUGAAAUAGCUACUUUCGUCGCUCACCGUCGCCAGGGUGGUGAUCCCGAAAGGAUUGUACGCUAUUAUCGGGGCUCCUUUAAUAUCUGCAUUCGUAUUGAAUUUAAAGAUACUUGCCCUGAUGCUGUAAUCCGGUUUACUAAAGCUGGGGUCACGGCUUUCCGGGAUGAAAAGGUGGAGAAAGAGGUGCAAGUAAUGAAAUUCCUUCGCCAACAAACCACGAUUCCUCUCCCUCGUUUGAUAAGUUGGGGUUUAACUGUGGACAGCCCUCAACAAUUGGGACCAUUUAUUAUCAUGGAAUACGUCGAGGGAAUACAUUUGUCAGACAUCUUGAAGAAGCCGACUGCGAACAGGGAAGAAAAGGAAAUACUGAACCCUGAUGUUGAUGACACCACAUUGAACAUUGUGUACCGUCAGAUAGCCGAUUUCAUGCUUCAACUUUACAACCUCGAUUUCACUCACAUCGGAGCUAUAUCGGAAGUCGUUCAAGGCCCAAAUACAUGGGCAGUCACUGGAAGGCCCUUGACAUAUAAUAUGAAUGAACUAGCCACAUCCACGGGUUAUCCAAUUGACCGGUUUCCUACAGAGCGCUUUGCAUCUGCAAAUGAAUACUUCAAGAGUCUUGCGGACCAACAUUUGAUCCACCUCCACACCCAGCGCAACCUCGCCACUGAUCCUAAGGAUGCUAGGAGGCGAUAUAUUGCGCGCCAUCUUUUUAAGCAGCUAGCCGCAAGGAACUGUGUCAAUGAGAACGGUCCCUUCAAGCUCUUUUGCGAUGACCUCCGACCUGCCAACAUUCUGGUGAACAGUGAAACCCUCCAGAUCACUGCAGUCCUUGACCUGGAGUUCACAAACGCUAUGCCCGCACAGUUCGCUUACGAUCCACCCUGGUGGCUAUUGUUGGUAGGCCCGGAUAUGUGGCUGGAACGAGGCUACACCAUGGAAGAUUUUGUGGCUCAGUAUACACCUAGACUGAAACAGUUUCUAUACGCCUUGGAGCAGAUAGAAGCUGAGAAGUGUAGGAGAAAGUCCAGUGCACAGCGCAUUUCCAAGUUAAUGCGCAAUUCUUGGACUAGUGGAGAGUUCUGGUUCAAUUUCGCAGCUAGAAAGAGCUUGGAUGUGGAUGCCAUCUUUUAUCGCCAGUUAGACAUGAUUUAUUAUGGGGGUAAAGCUAAUGUCGACUUGCUUGACGACAAGGUACGAGGAGGCUUAGAGUCAUUCGUGGUGGCACCACCACCUCCUGAUCAGGUGGUACGAGAAAACAAAUUUGCGUCGACGCGGGUGUUUUCAGAAUAUGGAGGCGGGAUGUUUAUCAGAGAUGAAUUACAAAGGCUGCUCAGCAUGGAGGCCAGCAAAACCGGAUAUCCCUAUUAUGCCAAUGUGUUCCAUCCAGGCAGACACUGUCUGGAACCUGAUGUAUUCAGUGCGGGAUGGCCCAACGAUAAGGGUGACUCAGCGUUCCUAUUGCUUCAAAAGAACCUCCCUCCGAAGCGCAAGUGUUUCGUCCCCGGAUCGAUAAGGGUGGCUAAACAGACAAAAGCUGGGCAAUUGCUUUGUUUCGCGUCAUCCCACUCACCCCCAGCUGCAGACGCGGAACAAGGCAACCAGAAUCAAAACAAACACCAUGCCCUCAACAAUGAACGUUCCCUUUUACUCCCAAAGAAAGGCGCGUGCAGUCGUGAGAUGAUUGAUUUGACAUCAACACUUCAUAUAGCGUUGGUAUCCGAUUCUAAGCUCGUGAUGGUCAAACGAUUUCAGAGAGGCUGUUGCGAACACGGGACAGGUUCGUCAGUUGGAUCGUAA